GUACCGGUAGUGAGUAGUGAGUGACCUCUUCUGCUAUCGGUACUAUGUUAAUUUAGUAGGUUAUUAUUGAUUUCUCUUUACUCAAGUUAAAUAUUUAAGAAAAUCUCAAUGAUUUUUCUGUAAUAGCAGCAUAGAAGUCGAAAGUUUGAUAAUUAGAAACAAACUGAACAGAUAAAUUUAUUUUCCAUGUACCAGAAUUAAACUUUCUGUCAUACAUGUAUAUUAGUUACAUUAUUGCACAGGUUAUGUGCAUUAAUUUUAAUUGUAAUGGUGAAAACAGGAAAACGUAUUUAUCGAAAUACGUUUCAAAGUGUUAAUUUCCAAGUCUCAUUAUUUUAAAUUAGUGACAGAAUCUGUAUAUGUCGAGAUACGAUGACAGGAUGAGGUUAAUUAGCACUUGAAUAUCAAAAAAUUUUGUACUCGAAUUUUUCCUGUAUCAAGGUUCUUAAUUAUCAGAAAACAUGUUUGUAUACUUCUGGUCAUUGGUGUGCUGGUAUUUCAGACCCAUUGUAAAAUGGUUAUUAAGGCAUACAACACGAAUGUGUGAACUUCAAAGAAUUUGUUAUGGAGAAUUACCUGGAGCACCGAGAACAUUAGCUGUAGAAGAAUCUCUUAAGUUAUCUAGGAAUGCUAAUAUUAAAACUCUUAUAGUCUACUUGAAUGAUCUUGCUGAUCAGCGUACAAUCACAAAACAGACAAAGCAAAAAAUUUUGAAGGAAGCUAUUAUAACCAUAUUGGUGACAAAGAAAGUAAAUCCGACAGCUCAUCCUGACUUUGCCAAGUCAUUUGGUAAAUGUAUAGAACUAAUUUGGGGCUAUAGACAACUUUGUGUGGAAUGUGAAGAGCUUAGAAAAACACCAUAUGAUGCUGACAAUUCCGAGCAUGAGUUCCUACUAUUAAAAUUAUGGAAUUUGUUGAUGCCUUAUGAGCCUUUAGAUGCUAGAGUUACUAAACAAUGGCAACACAUCGGCUUUCAGGGUGAUGAUCCAAAAACAGAUUUCCGUGGAAUGGGCAUUUUGGGAUUAGAAAAUCUAGUUUAUUUUGCUCAAGAGUAUCCCAGUGCUGCAACACACGUGUUAUCACAUUCUACACAUCCACGUUAUGGUUAUGCAUUUGCCAUAGUGGGCAUAAAUUUAACAAGCAUGGCUCUAAGAUUAUUAAGGGAUGGAAGUGCCAAGACUCAUAUUUACAAUUCUUCAAAGGGUUUUCCAACAAUUCGCGCAUUUCAUCAACUUUACUGUUAUCUUUUCUAUGAAUUUGAUGGAUUUUGGAUUGAUUCAAAACCAAGCAAUAUGAUGGAAUUUUCAUCCAUACAAGAAAAGUUUGAGAAUAGUAUCAGAAUGGCAUUAGCUGAUUCAUCUACUGUCUUUAGGAUAAAUAUAUCAAUUGAUAAUGUUUAAAAUAGAUAUAAUAUUUUCUGUUGAUAAGUCUAAAACUAUCACAGAGAAUGAACAUUUUCUUAUUACAAUGCACAAAGCUACUUGCUCUGAUAUGUGUAGCACAGAGUGUCUUGUGAGUGAAUUUGAACAUCAUUAUUGCAAAUUAUGAAGAACGUAAAAUAUAAAGCAAAACAUAAAUAUUCAGAAAUCAUUAAGUUACAGAAAAAUACAAAGAAUCUUGAUGCAUUUGAUAUUAUAUUUUUACUUUAUUUUUCUACUGGUAAUAAAGGUAAUAAAGGAAGUAUAUGUGUUACGUAACAAAUAUGGAGGGGUUCACAUAAAUUCAUUUAAAAUCAUUUAUUUAUCAUAAAUAAGUUAAAGUACAACGUUUACCCAAAUAAAUAUAUUACUUUCAAUCUGUUUUUAUUUAAUUUUUUAAAUAGGUAUAUGUAAAUAUAAAAUUUAUAUAAAAUUAUAAUUUUAUUAUAUGGAUUCAGAUGACUUUCUUGGGGAAAUGCAUAUCAUGUUUAGUAGAUGCCAUCAUGUGUGUAAUAGCAAUAAUUUUUAUUCAAAAGUAUUUAUUGUAAAACAUAGAAAACAUUUGUGUUAAAAAAAGAUUAGAUUUGCAGUGACUAUUAUACAUAUUUUAUGCGAAAUAAAAAAUGCAAUUGUUAGAAAUAAAAUAUAUAUAUAUAUAUGUUUUUGUAUCUCUUUAGAAUAUUCAUAUUACGGGAACUGAUUAAAUAUAUAUAUAUAUAUAUAUAAUUACGAAAAAAAAAAUUAUGCGAAUUGUUAAAAGUAUAAAAAUAAGAGAUUCACUG